AUGCCACCCAAGCGUCGAUCGGACGCGAUAUCUCGCGAUGACCCUCCCUCGUCUCCAGACGCAGAGUCCGACUCGGACAGUGAAACAGUCACACAAUCUCGCCGUCAACGGCCUCGUUCCUCUUCCGAAUCAUCGGCGGCAUCCUCUGCAUCAGACUCCCACCACCAUGACCCUCAUGGCACCUUGGUGAAGAAGCUGGUCCGUCUCGCCCUUGCAACAGAAUACUCGCGCACCCCUCUCCGCCGCAGCGACAUCCACACCAAGAUCUUCAAAGACUCCAACACGCACGGCCGCAGUUUCAAGACGAUCUUCAAUUCGGCGCAAGACAUACUCAAAGACACGUUUGGCAUGCACCUAGUCGAACUGCCCAGCAAAGAGAAGACGUCGCUAAAAGAUCGCCGGAAUCAAGCCACGCAGACGAAAUCAAAUACUUCCACGUCGUCCAAGAGCUGGAUACUUGUGUCAGUGCUACCUGACAAACUCAAAACCAACCCGGCCGUCGUGCAGCCGACCAAGGCGCCGUCUCAAGAGACCGAAGCGACCUACACUGCGCUGUAUACGUUCAUUCUGAGCCUGAUAUACCUCAACAACGGCGCCCUCACGGACCAGAAACUGAACCGGUACUUGAAACGCGUGAACAUGGACACGUACACGCCGUUUGGCGCCUUGGAGAAGCUCCUCGCGAGGAUGGCAAGGGAAGGGUACGUCGAGAAACGCCGGGACACGACCUCGGGCGAGGAGGUCAUCGAGUGGGUUUCCGGGCCGAGGGGGAAGGUCGAAGUCGGCGCCAAAGGGGUGGCCGGGCUGGUGAGGAGUGUGUACGGGUACGGAGCCGUGCCGUUGGGUAUGGUGGCGGGGGCGACGGCGACUCAGCCGGGCCGCUCGCGGAGGGGAAGUGGAAGUGGAAGUGACGACGAAGGGGACUCGGGACCGCAACGGCUCGUCAAGAUCGAAGAGGACGAAUUGAACUCGAAGAUCAAGAGAAGCUUGGGGAUCCGAUUCGGACGUGAGAGGCAGAGAGGCGAUGAUGAAGACGACAGUGCAGGGGCAGGGGCGGGUGACAGUGGAACUGAGCAGGCUAUUAUGCCACCACCAACAAGGACGAGCCGUACGCAGACACAGCAACAGACGAGGAGUAGACGGACACGACGACAGGAUGCCGAUGACGAUUGA